AUGACCAAGUAUGGAUCUCCUCAGCCCAUUGCUGACCAUGGAUUGAGUAUUGCUACGGCCAUUGCAAUCGCUUCGAAGAAUAUUGUUAUGCCCCCCCCUAACACACUGGCCUCCCUGGAAAGGACUCAAAUUACAGCAAAAUCUUCCGAAGAGUAUGGAGAGUAUAUGCAGGAGCCGAUCGACCAAAAGAAUAUUGAAGUCCGCCGGGGUGAGCGUAUAGAUGGCAAAGAGCUGCACAAGGGGACACUAUCACAGGAUGAUGUCCGUGGAAACACCUUUGUUAUGCUAGCUGCAGGACAUGAGACCUCUGCAGGUGUGCUUCAAUUUAUCUUUUUGGAGCUGGAAGACAACGCAGUAUCACAAAGGAGUCUUCAUGGUACCACUGACGAGAUAUGUGGUGAUGGUGACCAUCAUUGUGCGACUGUGAAAACCUGA